AACGUCAACACUUUGCCUUGCAGUGAGGAACCGUGUGCGGUCUCUGUUUCUCGAAUGUGUUAUUCUCGAUAUCGUUGCUGAUAUUUUAUAACGCAUUUUUGUUUGAUUUUUCGCAUAAAAACCAAUCAAUUUUGUGCAACUAUGCCGCCGAAAAAACCAGCAGGACCUACGAAAAAAACGGAGGCCAAGAAAAAGGAAAAAAUCAUUGAGGAUAAAACAUUCGGAUUGAAGAAUAAAAAAGGAUCCAAGCAGCAAAAAUUCAUCGCCCAAGUUGAGAAGCAAGUAAAAAGUGGUGGCCACCAUAACCUGAAUACCACCAAUGCGAAGAAAGAGGAAAAGGAGAAAAAGUUGAAGGAGCAGAAGGAAUUGGCAGCUCUGUUCAAGCCGGUCCCAACACAGAAGGUCGAGAACGGCGUUGAUCCGAAGUCAAUUCUGUGUGCAUUCUUCAAGCAAGGCACUUGUACUAAAGGCGACAAAUGUAAAUUCUCUCAUGAUCCUACGAUCGAACGAAAGGCUGAGAAGCGGUCCAUCCAUGUGGAUAUGCGCGAUAAGGAAAAAGAGCAGGAUACAAUCGACAACUGGAAUGAAGAGAAGCUGGCGGAAGUCGUGGCUAAGAAACACGCAAAGGAAAAGAAUAUGCCCACGACUACGAUCAUUUGUAAAUACUUCCUGGAUGCUGUCGAACGUUCGUUGUACGGUUGGUUCUGGGAGUGCCCGAAUGGUGAAAAGUGUAUUUAUCGCCACGCACUUCCCCCGGGAUACAUUCUCAAGAAGGACAAAAAGAAAAUGGAAUCAAUGAAGGAGGAGAUAUCGUUGGUGGAUUUGAUCGAAAGAGAGCGGGCCGCUCUUGGGUCAAACCAAACUCGUGUUACGUUGGAGACGUUCCUCGCCUGGAAGAAACGUAAACUGCAAGAAAAGAAACAACGUGAACUGGACGAAGAGGAACGCAAACGGAAGGACUUCAAGGCUGGUCGCCAGAUUGGUCUUUCGGGUAGAGAAAUGUUCAGCUUCAAUCCGGAUCUGGUCGAUUUCGGAAUUGACGAUGGCGAAGAGGCAAUCGAGAGCUACGGAAGAAAUGAGGAUGACGACGAUGCUACGGAAUAUAAGGAGUUGGAUUUGAGCAUGUUAUCAUUGUCAAUCAAGGAGGUGGAUAACACUGGAACGGUUGCCGAGGAGGAUCGAUGGAAGAAAAUGCAAGCGAACCAAGCGAAGGCGGAUGAAGAGACCGAAGAAGGCGCCACAGCUGCAGGAGGCGGAGUGGCGGAUGCAGCGCCAAUCAAUGAGAAUCUAUUCCUUGAUGAAGACCUUGAGGGUAUAGAUGAUGAACUGAGCGACGACGACGACGACGAUGAUGACGAGGAGGGUGGCGGUAAAAGUGAAACAUCGUGAUAAGGAGCGUCCCAAAGAUAGAGGGAAACACCUGCUGAUUAUUGUAUCUAGCCGCAGAUCAUUUGGAAGAUGAGCACAACGUCGUUAAGUCAAACACUAUGUACUGUACUGAUUGUUUAGAUUUUCCUUGUUUGAAAAUGCUGCAAUUAAACGCAUACAAUCCGAUUACAAAUAA